GCCUCGUCCAAUGGGCUGUGUGUGUGGCGGCGUCGCCAUGGCGACGGGGCCGUUCCCGGGGAGGCCGUGAUGGGUUGACAGGUGCGUGACAGUCGGCGCUCUCCGCAGGCAGCAUGUACGGCAAAGGCAAGAGCAACAGCAGCGUCCCGUCCGACGGGCAGGCCCGGGAGAAAUUAGCGCUGUACGUAUAUGAAUACCUGCUCCAUGUAGGAGCACAGAAAUCAGCGCAGACGUUUUUAUCAGAGAUAAGAUGGGAAAAAAACAUCACACUGGGGGAGCCCCCAGGAUUCUUGCACUCCUGGUGGUGUGUAUUUUGGGAUCUCUACUGUGCAGCUCCAGAAAGACGAGAAACAUGUGAACAUUCAAGUGAAGCAAAAGCCUUUCAUGACUAUAGUGCUGCAGCAGCUCCCAGUCCAGUGCUAGGAAACAUUCCCCCAGGAGAUGGCAUGCCAGUAGGUCCUGUACCACCGGGUUUUUUUCAGCCUUUCAUGUCCCCUCGGUACCCUGGAGGUCCAAGACCACCUUUAAGAAUACCCAAUCAGGCACUUGGAGGUGUCCCAGGAAGUCAGCCAUUAUUGCCUAGCGGGAUGGACCCAACACGGCAGCAAGGGCAUCCAAACAUGGGUGGGCCAAUGCAGAGAAUGACUCCUCCAAGAGGAAUGGUUCCUUUAGGACCACAGUCUGACCCUUGGUUAUCAUUGCAGAACUAUGGAGGUGCAAUGAGACCCCCACUGAAUGCUUUAGGUGGCCCGGGGAUGCCUGGAAUGAACAUGGGUCCUGGGGGUGGUAGACCUUGGCCAAACCCAACCAAUGCCAAUUCUAUACCUUAUUCUUCAGCAUCUCCUGGGAACUAUGUAGGUCCCCCAGGUGGUGGAGGGCCACCAGGAACACCUAUCAUGCCUAGUCCAGCAGAUUCAACCAACUCUGGAGACAACAUGUACACUUUAAUGAAUGCAGUACCACCUGGACCCAACAGACCUAAUUUUCCAAUGGGGCCAGGGUCAGAUGGACCUAUGAGUGGACUGGGUGGAAUGGAUUCACAUCAUAUGAAUGGAUCAUUAGGCUCAGGAGACAUGGACAGUAUUUCCAAAAACUCUCCCAGUAAUAUGAGCAUGAGUAAUCAGCCUGGCACUCCCAGAGAUGACGGUGAGAUGGGUGGAAACUUCCUAAACCCUUUUCAGAGUGAGAGUUACUCCCCUAGCAUGACAAUGAGUGUGUGAUCCGUUAACAAGUCUCGUCAUGAAGACCACAGUGAGUUGGCCCUCUUCAGAGAGUUACUACAGAAGAAAAUUAUUCGUCCCAGUGUACAGUUUAACAAAAGGAUCUCAAACACAAUCAGACCCACACUUUUUUUUCUACCAUCUCCCCUGUUUUGUCAAGAAAGUGGGUCCCAAACAUGAUUGAGAUAACCAUAAAGAGUGGCAUAACAGAUCUGCCCAAGAUGGAACUGAACUGCAAUUACCUGUGUAUGUACUUGCGUGGGUUAAUGUAUGUAUGUGUGUGUGACACAGAAAUACACACAUACAUAUAUAGACCUGCAGGACAUUGUAAAACAUUAUCACAUGACAUCUUAAGUAGAAACGAGAAGUAGGGACUUCUACUCCAUCUUUUUUUUUUUUUUUUUUUUUUUUUCCACGUUUACAUUCUAAUUUUUAAACUUUGCUUUCCCUCUCCCCUCCUGAAUUGUUUUAUGUUGCAUAUAUCACUGCUCUAUAAGUUAUUUUUAAAGUGAACUCAAAUGAUAAAUUCUUCUGAUUUUGUAAAUGUCUGCCAUUAUGGAUAGGAAUAAAUCUGCUUAUAAGAGCUUUCAUUAACUUGUGUUUGAUACCAGUUACCCUGUGAAUCAUAAACUGUACUGUCUCAAGAAAUAGAAGAAAGCUCAUCUUAAUUUUUUUGGAGAAAUUUAAUAAUUUUCACCUAGUUUGGUGAUUUUUUUUUUAAUACUUUGCCUUUAAAAAAAAAAGAAGCACUGAAGGUUAUAUUUCUUCUUUAAUUGAAGCCUAAUAUCUGCAAUAUCUAUUUUAAAUGGAAGCCUGAAUUUGAUACAAGCUUCUCAGUUUAUAUAGAGUACUAUAAGGUUACUGUAUGCGAGCUCCAAUUGCUAUAGAAUUUAGCAAUAAAGUGUCAGGGCUUCUUCUGCCCUUGGAAAUGAUUUUUCUAUUUAGCAUGAUCUUCCGUAGGGGUGGUAGCUAGAAGAAAUACAGCAGAGUCCUUAUUACCAAAACCUGUUCUAACAAUUUGUGUUUACGUUUCCCCUUUUCAGUAAUUCUCAACUAAAUCUUAACCAUCCGUGGUCCUGAUGACAAACAGUAUCUCCCAAGCCUAUUCAGAACAUCAGAUCACACUGGUACACGAAUUUACCCCCCAAACCUUUCAGUAAGCAGUCAUUUUUGUGAACCAAAAUGAGGGAGUAAGCUUUUUAUGACUACUAUGCCUUGUGAGGGUCUUAGCUUUCACCAUGAACAGAAGAGGCAAAAAGGUCUAGGCCAUUUUAUAAGAUCAGCAUAUUAGACAUGAAAGCUGGGGACAGAAUGGAGAAAAGGCAUAUGGUCUUUAAGGAAGAGCUUCUGGAAAUGGUCCCAUGUCUCCAGGCAAAGCUCUAAAACCAAGAGUACAGUAAAUUUAGUUCCUAGUGACUUCCAGUUCCCCCAUGAGAAUGAAAGCUUUCAGCUGUGUACUGGUCAAAAUGCUGAUCAGAAACAAGGGCUGCUCUACAAUUGAUGCCACAGAUGAAAGCAAAGUCCCCACCUUGGACUUUGCCUAUAGAAGAGCCACUUAUAUAGGAAGAGUAGUUCUGAACAGAGUAUGUCCAUGCAGAUUUUUAAGGGGAUAUUUUUCAUGAAUUUGUGCUGAAUAAGUGUAUGUAGAGAGCUCAUUGUGAUGGUAGAUGCACAUAACUGGAUGCAUAAGUAGUACCAGAAUCUCUGAACUCAUUUUUAUUUUUAUAUAUGUAAUUUAUAUAUAUAUGAAAAUAAAAUCAUUUAACGCUUUUUACUCUCUUGUUAGUGCUGUUCAAAAGUGAAACUCUUGGAGGCUUAAAAUUAUGUUAAAAUAUCAAAAACUUUGGUAGCAUUACUAUUUAGUAAUAAUAUCACAAGCUAGAGAGUCGUGAUAUGGUUUUGUAGACUUUAUUCCCAGUGAUUAUGGAGAUUUAAUUCAUUUGCUUAACUUUGGAAAACAUUUUGUUGCUGUCUCAAAAGGUGCCAGGAGUCCCUACCAUUAAUUUGAAUUAUAAAAACAUAAAAUGAGAUCUAAUUUCCCGAGAUCCUUCAAGGUUGUCACUAAUAUCACUGGUUUCCAUGGUUAUGUGUCCAGUUCAGCCCAGCUGAAAUAGUGCAAAGUCCAGGUGUCCUUGCAGCUUUCAUUUGACAUCUGUAUUAUCCUCGUUGGUAACCUCUAUGGAGUAUUCUAGGACUGUUUGUUGCCCAGUUUCAGUCACACGAUGUCACUGCUCCUGGACUAAGGUAGAUGGAUAUGUCUGGACAUCCAGUGCCAAAGCCAUUCAUGCACAAGGUAAGUGUGCCCUCGAGGGAGCUCGUGACCUGCUGGGUACAUCUGGGCCCUGCUGGGUGCCUCGAGGGAAGCCCCUGGGGCUCCUGCAGGCAACCAGUGUGUCCAGUGGGCACUGAGAACUGGCCUGGACAGCACCACUGACAUUGCAAGACUGCAGCUUCUCGAUGUGGCAAAAUUAAGCAGAGUUAGGGCUUAAUAUUAAUCAGACAUUCAAUUUAUUUAUUUAUUUAUUUUCUAAAUUUGGCAUUAGCUUCAAUAGUGUAGUGUAUGGGCAUCCGUUGAGAAGAAGUCUGACCAUGAAAUUAAACCUAUGCAUAAAGCAGUACUCUUUAAAGAGAACUGCCAGCACAUUGAAUAUUAUUAUCAACAUCCAAUAUCCCAAUUUAUCCUAAUCUUAUAUAUAAGAUAUAUAUCCUUUCAGGCACAUAUUUUUUCUUAUGCAGUUCUUUUGAAUUCUAUGCAAUUUUUCUUUUUGCCAGCAUAUCAUUGUUUACCCUUUUCAUUUCUUUCCCAAACAUUUAUUCUAAAUUAAACCUUGUUGCAUUGAUCCUGCAGCAUUAACAUCAGCAAAUACAUUGCUGGUCUCAAAAGGAACAGGAUUGGUCCCUGCUUCUUGUAGCCUGUAACUCUGUGCCCUGAUAGUUCAAAUUACAAGGUAUGUCCAGCACUUUUCACACCUACAGAGCCCCACAGAUUUGUGGGAUAACAAAUGUGCAAGCUUGCAAAAUUUCAGAUUUGGGAGAGAUCUGAUUUAAUAUUCACUGCACAUCUUAUUUUUAGAAUUUUAAUCAUAUAUAAAGAAACCUAAUCAUCUUGAUUUUUGUAGGGAACUCUUGCAUUCUUAUGCUUGCAUACAUGGGGAAAGUUAUUUACAUGCAAAUUGAUAAAAUCAGGUGAUUAUAACCAUACAUAGGUUCUGCAACUGAACCAUUAGAAAACAAUUGUACAUGCUAAAUGCUCAACUUAUAAAUUACAUAUAUCCCGUUCUUUUUAAAAUUUUCAUAGAGCUUUUUGCUUGUUCAUUUGUUUUCUUUCUUUUGCUUAUAAAUCCUUGCAGGAUUUUCAUCAUAUACAGGAGUAUUAAUAUGGAAAGAAAGAUUAUUUCCAAGCACUGACUUUUUAUUUCCACUUAUGUUUCUAAUGCACUAGAUAUCAAUGUGUAAUGUAACUGCUGUUUAUAUCUGUCUUUAUGCAACAGCAUUACUGAUAAUGGCAGAACCUGUCCAGCUCUGGCAGGAAUGUUACUUUAAGUGGUGCCAGCUAGUUUUCCUACACCAUUUUUUUUUUUAUAGAGAUUUCUCUUUCAUAUAGAAAUAAAUAGAUAAUGAUUUUGCCAAUGUGUCUUUCAGGCAAAGUUAAAAGUAAGGCUUUUUUAAAAAAACGUGAUGAAAUCUUAGAAUAGCAGAAAGAGGGGAAUAAUGGGUCUCUCUUACCAUCAGAACUCUGGCAAAAAUUCUGGCCUUGGCAGAUGAAGUUGGGAUUCACUUGUGCACUUCACAGUGAAGCUGGUAUUUUAGCUAGUAUCUCUCACCUAUGAGAAAGGUGCAUUCGUACACAGUUUUUGUCUCCAUGCCUAAGUCUUGUGGAGACAAGAACGGGGUUUAGGAUGAGGAAGAAGCUGUAUGAAUCACUGCUAAAGCAUGUAGCCUGACGUGCAUUAAAGACAUACCUGGUACUUGCAUGUAUGGAUUGCAUUAUUUUCUUAAUUGUCUGAGCAUGAGCUGCACUCAGUGCUUGGUGAGUUGGUGCAUGCAAAAAACAUGGGAACAACAGUGAGCCAUGUCUUUGAUGCGCUGUAGGCUGCCCAAAUAGGUCCCAGCUUGCCUUGGGGUGACUGGCAUCAACAAGUCACAGCCAAGUCCCCCUGGGAGUCCCCAGAGGCCAGACCUGCAUGUCACCUGGUCAGGGAGAAUACCAACCUCCAGACUCACCAGCCUGCUCCACUCCUGAAUUCACAAAGCGUGAGGUUAAAUGUCCUGUGUCCCACCAACAGUCCUCUGGAAACAUCUGGCCCUUGCUCUCCUUUUAAAAUGCAAGGAGAGAGACAUAGGCUAAUAAUUUAUUUUAAAUAAUUCAACUUAGGAAGAAGUGAAUAGAGCCUAGCUUAUUUAUGGAGAGCAAUUCAGAAUCACCGAAUAAGGGCUGCUUCAUGAACUGGCCAAAAAUCAUUUGAAUUUUCCCCUGUUCUGUGGUUAGCAAAUGAAAUACUACAUGUAAAGAGGAUUUGGAAUUAGAUGGGUAAUUUAAUGAGGGACCAGCUGUUACAAUAUUCAGUGUUGAACAUUUUACUUUCCUAGUUGAAAUGAAUUUUCAGCUGAUAAAUGUUGCACUGAUUUCUACUUCUGAAAUCAGUUACAUAUUUUUGACUGUUAUCUCCUGUUCCUUUGUUGUUGUUGCUAAAUAUGGACUGAAUUCUUCAGGAUUUGACUGUAUACAUUUCCACUUGGAGAAUCUAAAAUAGGGUUUAACAAUACAUGUAUGUAUAUAUUUAAAAGGACAGGUAAAAUUAUUAUUUUUAAAAAUUCACUUUGAGUGAUGAUACAACACAGCUUCUGUCCCAGAUGUGCUUGGGUUUGGUUGGGCCCUCAGGGCAGGAACCCUGGUAAAGCAUAUCUGUUAAAUAAAACCCCCAAACCUCUUUCAACAGUGACAACUCAUUUCUAUUCAAACUGAUCACACUAUGGAACUAAUACAGGAUGUUAUGAUACGCAACAACAAUAAAAAUUCAGUAUGCUCAAAUAUAAAUGAGUUAGAUUUAAAUUUUAGUUUGUGGAGCUUCCUUUACUUUCCAGACAUUAUUGGCUCUGUGCUACAAGCUGCUGUUCACACCAGUUGUUCUACUGAAACUUUGAUGAAACCACUCAUAUAAUGUCAUUUUUCUUGUAGGAUUUCACCCUAGUCUGUGUGAAAUGUACAAUUUGUCUGAGAUGUGACAUUAUUUUGCAGAUCUAUAAACUAUGGAGAAAAAUAAAAAGGAUCUGCUGAAAUUACCAAAAUGUUGUUUCAACACAAAGCACAGAGGAAAAAGUCCGUAUCUAAAUUACUGAUGUGAGUGCAUGCAUAGAAGUUGUCUGCCAGAGCUGUCAUCUUGAAAACAAAUUACAGUAACAAAUUUAGAGAAGAUAAACAGACUGUCUACUCAGCAGUUAAAAUUCUGAUCCUGCAAACACAUUCCCAUUUGUUUGAAAUAAAGCCUACACAUGCUUGAUUUUAAGCAGAUUUAACAAUACAAGUAAUAUCCCUCAGAAGAGUGGGACUGCUAAUACGCUAAAACCAUGCUUGAGUGUGGACAGUCUAGAAGCUCAAAUUAAGUCUUCCCUGAGCAAACAUUUUAUCUUAUUUUACGGAUUUCACCAGUGCAGGAACAUGUUUGUGUACUGAUAGUACUGAUAUGUGGAACAGAUUUGGCUUUCUUCUGUUUCUUAUUUUAUUACAGCAUCGUUCACUACUAAAUAUUAAAUAUUUUUGUGAACUUGUCCUUUCAUUUUGUUUCCAGUUGUGCAGCCAUAAUUUCCCUCAAUAUACAGCUAACAGCUUUGCAAUUUUAGUCCAAACCUCUGUUCGGUCACUGUUCUUCAUCUAAGCUUAAAAUAUGUAAGAAAACCUCUUAUGUAAUGGGAAAACUUGCCAUAAAAAUAAAAAGGGUUUUCUUGGUACUUGUUUUCACAUUUAAUAAUAAUAAUAACAAAAAGUUCUACAGUUGCCCCGCUCAUAUCUUCAAUGCUCAGCAUCCCAUGGGUGGCCCAGUGUGCACCUUGACCGGUUGGAAUGCUCAGGGUUGGCAUUUUGCAGAAGAGCAACCGAGCGGGCAGACAAGCAGGCUUGUGCAGAGUCUGGACAGCACGUGGUGUUUGUAUGCAACCUGCUGCAGAUCAUCUGGCAGUUAGGCCUGGGGGCUCCCUUAGGAUUUUAGUACUGGUACAAGAGUCUUGGUUUUCCUAAGAGAGAAUUCUGGCAGCUUAGCAUCAGUUUUUUGAAGGAAUCAGUGCAGAACUGGUUUUGUUUGCUAGAUGGCACAUUUCCUCAUUAGCCUGGGUGUACUAGGAAUGAGACAAUAGGAUUUGAAAGUCCAGUUUGUUACAGAGAUAUGCACAGCUCAUCAGAGUAGGAGGGAAUUACUAUAUGGCCAAACCCACAUUUGUCCCUGUUGUGAGACCAUCAGUAGUCCCUUUUGAUGCAAAAUAAUUAUUACCACAGAACCCUGCUCCAAGCCAUGAGGAGCUAAAUCGUCCACUGGAUGAGCGGGAUAUUUGUAGGCUUUAUUUCUGUUGUUUAAUCUUCAUGUUUUCUCUUCUCUCAUUUGGAUUUUUCCAUUAAAUGUACCAUGCCAGAUGUUUGCACAAAAACAAGAACAAUUUGCCCAAUAAACAUACAGGAAGUUGCUUGCAUCUGUAACAAGAGUCCUACUAUAGAGCAUUUAUUUCAUUACAGACAUUGUGGCUGCUCAAGAUCCUGAGAGCUCUUAGCACUAGACAUUAGGAAAGUUAGCAUUUCACAGGCUUAUUAUGCAUUAGACAAGAUGAUUUCCAGCAAUGACAUAAAAUAGCUUGAAACAGAAGUUGAUGUUUGCCAUGCAGAGUAGAGGAAAAUAAAAUCCAAAUAGAGCCUAUGUAAUUGAAGUAGGAGAUUACUAAGGCUAUAAUUUACUAGGAGGAUUUGAAAAGUGUGUUAACUGGCAAUAAGCUUGCCAGCAGCAAACAGCAACAAAACGGGUGGCGAGGAUGCCGUGGUUGCUCUCGUGGCUGCCCCGCAGGGUGGAUGCUUGGUCUGAACAGGCUGCAGGCAAAGGGACCCAUGUUAUGAGUGGGCACAGUGCGAGUGCCCUUCCAGUGGGUGGCAAAGGCCAUACAAACAGAGAAUGUCCAACAGCUUAGCAGGAAAGAUGAGAGGUGUUUGCCACACUGCCGUCUGAAAACAAGAUAUUCAGAAGCAGGUAUAAGCUGUUCCCAGAUCUAUUCUCAUUUCGCUAAUUAACUUCCAGUUUUGUUUUCAUUUACAUUCAUAUUAAGAGUUAAGGAAGAGAAUACAAAUUCCAAAUGAGCCCUGAAAUACCAGAGUUGGAAGGGUGGCAUCAGCACAGGAGCUUUCUGCUAGUUGAGAAUCAAGUAACUUUAAAUAUUAUUUUUUUCCAGUACAAAAAGAAUCCAUACAAGAAACCCUUUUAGUCUUGCAGUGGUUGUUUGAGAAGUGCAUACCAACAUGCCCAGUAUGCUUAAAGAGAAAUUGUGAGGGCAUUUUUUGUGGCAAGUAUCCCCUUGCAGAAAUGUUGGACUGCAUCUAUUUUGUGCAUGUUUGCCUAAAACCACAAAAACUGAACAAUUAUUUAUGGGUUGCAUUACAUGCAAUUGGAAAACACUUAUUUCUGGUGAAGAGAGGAGGAAAACUGGAUAGCUGAUGUGUUAACAUGUUUAUGUGAAUUACUUAAAGCAUUGCUAAACUGCUGUCAACUUUGUUACACACGUACUCUGUGUGGGUGACUGCUGACAUUAUAACCUCAGUGACCCAUGUCACUGUAGGUUCUGUGUAGGAAACCUUGUCACUAUUGCUUAAUACUGUAAAUUCAUGUUCUGAAAUGAGGUGGUGGGUUAUGCAGCCGUGUCUAUUGUAUACCACAACAAACAGCACCUGUUCUGUCAAUCAAAACUUGCUGUUCACAUCCAGUUAAAGCUCUGUUAAGCACGCUUAGUGGUUUCAGAACAUAAUUCAAACAGCAUAUACACAAGCUGUUAGCAGGAAUAUUAAAUCUAAUGCGUGAUGAGAGAACUGGGCCCAGUCCGUAGCCUGUCAGGUGCGAGCAGGCCACAGGCAGCUGCAGCUGGGCACGUCUCGUGAGGCCGAGCAGGCUGCGGGCUGUGCUUGCAAGCUACGGAUGGGGAAGUCAGACCCAGCAGGCAGGGACAGCCUAGCUUUUUCUCCAGUGUCUCUUUCUAAAGCUUCUGCUUUGGUGCCAGGACAGAAACCCAGCCCUGGCACGUGCAGCGAUAAGGAAGCAUGCUCUCUGCACUGUGUCCUUUGCCCAGCUGCCACAGGCUUUACAUGAGGCAGUGUUUUGAGGAGAUUUUAAUUAUUUGUCUGCUAACUGAAAAAUAAAAAUAACCCAACUCUGAAUUCUUUUCUAUUGGUAUUUUAUGAUGCACAUCAAAGACCUGAAAAUAUGUAUGUGUUCUUUGCUGAUUCCUGACAUCAGAAAUUCAAAUCCUGUCUAGACUGAAAGGCUUUGAGAUGAUGGGAAAAAGAAUGAAAAACUGGCAACACAACCUGAGAAAGUUGAAGGGGAUUUUUGGAUCAUUUUAAACUCUGUGUCUUAUUUGUUUUUAUUGAUAGUUUAAAUAACUAGUCUAACCUUAUGAAUAAAGGCAGUCUUUGUUAGCGACUUUGCACCUUAACCCAUUCACAUAAAACUGAGUACUUGAAAUAAGUGUUGCUAGCACGUCCAAGCCAAUCCGUAUAUAAAGUCUGAAUAUUUCUAAUGCCAAAAAUAAAUGUUUAAGGUCAAUAAAUAGAGAACAGAACAUAAUCCCAAUUAAAGAGAAGUAUUUUCUGGUCACGUACAAACAACUAGGCAGGUAUGUUUUAGACAGAGAUGGACUUUCCAUAUCAUAAGUGAAACUAAUAUUCAAACUCCAGUCUUUAGAAGUAAAGGGAACCUCAGAAAUUUUCCAAAUAAACAGGAAUUAAAUUUGCCAAUCUAAAUGCUGAUGCAGAAAAUACAUUUAAAAUAGGAUGCUGCCUCUGACCUAAAGCAUUAAUACUGGUGGUAUUUGGGGUCUCACAAAUUCUGUAUAUUUCAGCAUAUCUGUAUUCCUCCUUAGUGAGUGCUUCAUCUCCAUUAUUGACAGUGCAAAGAGCUAAUCCAUGCCAUACCAGAACAGUUCAAAAGCAAGGCAACACAAAAUUCCCACAGUAUUAUAAAUAUGCAGAUGUGUGUGUUAUGUUAGGGCAAGUAAUCAUCCCAGCCACUUCUUUAGACCCUUCACAUGACUUUUAAAAGCAGCUUCUUGGAUCGUUUCAGAAGGGCAGCAGGCUGUGCUGAUGAGAUGUCCAAGAAGCUGCCAGACAAUGAUCCCUUUCCAAAGGGUAUAGGGUCUUGCUUUGAGGGAUCAACAAUUCCAGUUGUAGCCCUUAGGAGCAGUUGUACCACGCAUACAUCUUAACCUGAAGCCUUUUUGUGUCGGAAAACAGACCUACACCCAAAGGCAUCCCUUCUUUAAAAAUCCUUUUUGAAAUGUCCAGCUGUUUUCCACAGCUGUUAAGCUGCUGAGAGGUUUGGUGGGAUUAGUUCUGUUGUACCAAGAUAAAACUCUGUGUGCCCUUGUGUAUGCAGAAAGCCUCCCCCCAGGAGGUGCCGCUGACAGCCAGUCUAGCACUCGGAAUCUCUGGUGUCUGGAGAAGCCUCCAUGUCUAAGGACCAAACACGGAAACGAGGUGGUAAAAUCAAGCUUCUUUGUUUUAUCUUUAAAAAGUUCCUGGCAAGACUGGGGACCUGCAAAGAAAUGGAUUGUAUGGGUCUUUGACCACAGAGCAUUAUCUGGGUUGGAGCCUCAGACAGUGCUAUUGCAGACUGUUUGGUAAGGGUAAAUUUAUACCUCUAUACCAUACUUGUUUCUGUUCAGCGCUGUGGCCUGAUUCAUCCUACCCUGACUUCAGCUGCCUAAAAAUUACCAGCCUCAGCAAAUUGGGUUUUAUCUCAAAGUUACAGGAAGGGCAGAAGCAGAGAUGCCUUCAGAAGAUUGUAUGAUGGCAUCCAUCACCUUCUCCAUUGAUAUAUCCUGCAUGCUUUUAAGAGCAUAAAAUUAGGUGGAAUGAUUUCAGGGUUUUUAUACUUAGCUUCCCAUCCUUGGACAAGGCUCAAAUGAGCUCCUGAGAAUCUGAAUCCAUGUGGCUUCCAGAUGAGUUUCUAAAUCCUUCAGUCUCAAACAUGAGAUUUUUGCCCUAUAGUUUGGUAUUUUCUCCUUCUGUACUUCUUUUUUUUUUUUUUUUUUUUAAUAUAAACAGGUGUAACUUGAAUUAAGUUGUUUGAACAUUUCUGGAAGUUUUACCCCUGCCUAGAGAUUCUCGCCUUUAUUUGUUAAAUGGGCUCUCUCAUUCUUUGUCUGCACUGAUUCAUUCAUUUAAAGCAACAUAUGAAGAAACCAUUGCAUAGAUGAAUCAACACCAGCAAUAGCAUAUGCUGCUUUUAAAUUCAGCUGUGAGGUUGUAACUAAGAUAUUAAUGUAUAUACUUUCUAGGAAUGACUAGGUUCCUUUCCUAAGAGCUUUCAGGAAUGAAUCUAGAAGCUCCUAAUUUAGGAUUGUGAAAAUUCAGGUAGUAAUGGCAGUUUAUGGGGAUUUUUUGUAAGCUUUCUGUAAAUGUAUAUAAUUUCACAUGCUGGUUUGGAGAUGAGGAAAGUACCCAGUUUCAGAUAGGCCAGGUCUUUGAAGACAGCAUUACUGUCUGGGUUAGCAAAGCCCAUCUAGGUUCCACCUCAGGCUUGUACCAUACACCUACUUUAUUCUCACCCAACUCAGUAUCUUUCUUCAUUAACCAUGCAUACCAAAUCAUAACAAUUGUACCAAUUCUUAUUGCAAGCUGAGGAAGAGCUGAGGUUUAAAAAUACAAAUGUUGAACUUGCACCUUUUCACCUUCAUAAAGUGUCCACAUUCUCUCCACCGGGCCUCCCAGAGAGUGGCUCCCUCCAAAGUUGCCGUAUAAAUUCGUCACACAAAAGUAGGUGUAAUUUAUUUUUUAUAUUUUAAUAAGUCUAACAGCAGCGGUAGUAGUAUGUUUGCUAUAUUUUCUGAGUUGUGAGUCAUUCAGUGUUGAAAAUGAUAUGCAUCUUGUGUAGCUAUGAGUAGAAAAAUUGAGAAAUGCUUUUUAUGAUAUGCUAGUACAAUCCCUGCUCUGCUGUUCAAUAUUUUAAGUGCUGAACUAAACCAAAAUAUUAUUUUCAAGAAUUACUCUAGCCUCAUCCCUGCAUGAAAAUGGAUAUGAAUUUCCUGUUACUGCCUCUGGGUGUUGAGUGAAUUCUGGACCAAGAGUAAAGCAGUGGCAGCGGGAAAGGUUACUGCGGUAGCCACUUACAGACAAGUUUUCAGAUGCAUACCAUUCUGUCUGUCGCCUGAUAAUCUUCCAAUUUUCUCAUGGAUCACCAUAUUCUUGAACAUCUUGAUGGGUUUUGUCAGCCAUGGAGGAGAUGUGGACAAGCUUAGCACCCAGAAAGUGUAGAAAUGUAGCAAGUAAUGAGCUAUCUUCUCCAGCAAGCAUUUAUUUUUAGUGCUUAACUUUCAAGUAACGUUUAUAUUUUCAGUUAUAUUUUAUCAGUCAGUAUCUUGAGGUGGUUUGAGCAAAAAUAUAUGAAUAUAUAUAAUUUACAAGAAAUAUAGGCUUGUAUUGUGCCUUUGUAAUUCUCUUCAGCUUCAGUAUCUAUAAGCUAUGAGCGGACAAACCUUUGGGGUAUUCUUUACUACAUAGUAGCUGAUGGCUUCAUUAAUACUGGCUAUUUGAGUCUUCUGGGUCUAAUGUUUAUGUUUUCCCAGGUGAAAACGCCAUAGUGUUCUCCACCAGACAUAAGCACAAUGACAUAUCACUGCAAUGCAUGCCGUCUCUUAGCUUCUCUCUACAUGUGCUUGCAUGUUGAAAAUUUAGAAAUGCUGCUGUAUAAAUUGCUACCUUGUUUAUCCAAUACAGGUGUUUUUCUGCAUCCCUUGUUUGCUUGAAACUCCCAUUAACUCGAAAGUUAUCAUUGGCUUGAAAGGGAGUUGUGGAUGCACAAAGGAUGCAGGGAGCAACUCUUCGGUAGUUUACAGGCUGCUGUACAUUAAUGUCUUCUCAGCAAAGAAAUGUAGCAUUAGCAGUGACUUCCUAGUGAAAACACUGAGCGUGCUUAUCACUUAAGAUUUUAGGAAAAAGCGUCAGACUGUGUAAUUGUAUCUCAUUAACUUUGACACCUGACCAGUAACAUUUGAUGAGGUAUGAGCCUCACUUUUAACUACGUUUGAUCAUGAUGUACCAACCAAUGCAGAACUGAAAGGUGAACAGCCAUGUUUUAGUAUCACAGCUACACAAGAAAUCACAGUUUUCACGAGUUCUGUUCUGAUUUUGUUUCCUUAUCUCUAAAGCAUUUUCACUGCAGAAGUAUUUUUCCAUACAGUUACCUGAGGCUUCCUUUCACCAACCAAAACAGUCCGUAGCCUUCUACACUGUGAAAGGCAAGCUCUGUGGAGAAACAUGGGCUUUGCGCUUGCCCAGCAAAUUAGCAGAAAAUUUCAUCCAAGCCAUAAAAGCCUUUUAUGUUAUUCUGUGUUUGUGUAAUCAAAGCAAUUAGGGAUGGGAGCUUCAGGAAUAAAGAGGUCUCUCUAUCCUCCGUUUUACUCUCUCUCUGUAAUUCGUAGGGAUUUAAGAGUUAUUUUCUCAAGGCUCAGCUGUGCCUCUCUAAACCAGCACAGUCUACGCAUCAUGUGAGAUUCAAUUUAUGGGGAUAACAUUUGAACACAUAAGAUUUACUUUUCAUAGCAAGGAGUAAUGUAUGUCUUUAUGGACAUGGACACUUGCAAACAAGUCUGAUACCAAGAAUAAAAAUUCAAGAUGGUACCAGUACAUCAGACUCUGUACUACAGUGGGUUUUUUAGCUUUUGUCAUUUGUAUUUUAUUUUGCAGGAGAGGAGCUGGGGAAUCUCAGAUCACAUGGGGGAUUUUAGAAGUAUAUCACUCAACAAUCAUUUUAUAAAGUCUAACUUCAAAAUGCACUAUGAUUUAUUACAAAAAUAUAUUUUCUUCUGUUUGCCGACAUGGUUGUUCCAUUUUGUGAUAAGUUAAACUAAGCAGUUAAUUUGUUGCACUGCCUAGCUGCAUGAAUUCAUCCAGUGUACGUAUGUACCUGUGCAGCAUUACUUUGGGUUUUGUAUUUGAAUUUGCAGUAUUGAUUAUUAUUUUUGUAUUUUACUUUGCCUCUGUUAUUGGAAUUGUAGUAAACAUAAUUUAUACAUAUGAUUUUACAACUGUUUUGCAACUGAAAAGUCUUCUUUAAAUUGUAAAGUUUUAUUGAUGGAUACUCAUUAAAAUGGUAUAAGAAUUAUAUUAACAAUUGUUUUGUGUUUUGAUGCUCUCUGUACAUAAAUAUAUGUCUAUUUAUCUGUUUAAUGGUGCUUGUGUCUUGCAAUUUUGGAUACAUUUUAGAAUAAAGUUUCAUUUUACAAGAA